AUGAUAUCAGGCGACGCUAAGGGUACAAUUCAUUAUGGUGUACUGAAAAAGAGUCCACCCGAGGAUCAAAUGCGUAAACGACGAAGAUGGCGAGACAGAUAUUUUACGCUAUACCGCAAAGCAAAUGGCUCAAUACUUCUCAGAUACUAUAGGACCAACAGCAAGUCCAAAGCGGACGAGGAAGAAAUGAAAGGCUUCAUUGACAUGGCAACUUGUCUGACCCUUGAAUCUGGCCACACUCUCAAAGGCUUUGAAAAGAUGUUCUCAUUCAGCAUUGUCACUCCGCGCCGCACAUACUUCCUUCUCAGCAAGAAAGAGGCGGAGAUGCGAGAGUGGGUGCACAAAAUAUGUGAGUCCUGUGGAUUCGCGGCCACUAGUAGCACAUCACCUGCUACAAUUCGCGAUCAACUUCACCAGGAUGGUAAUGGUUCUGGGUCUCACGGUGACAUUAGAAGCGCUAACGCAGAUGGCGAGUAUAAUGACGCUUUCAGUGAUAACACAGGUCCGCCAAGGCCGAUGAUGGCCAAUGCAAACUACUACAAGUCUGCUGACAGCAUGUCCAAAGUAUCCAGCUCUGCGAUGCGAAGUAACUUUUCAAUCGACCUUGCACAUCAGGUUCAGACAAACUGCUCUGUAACUCCAUACGAGAGUUUGGACGCAUCGCCUGGUCAGGAGUACGGCCGAGAAAUGUAUAACUCAUCGGCUGCAGCUGAGUAUUUUGACCAUGACCCCAAGUCUAGACUGAACAAUCAAGUGUAUGGCUCUUUGGAUACGAAUGCGCCCCAACCACGACGCAAAACUCCGAAAAAUCCAAAUAACAAUCAUCAAGAUGAUAUAUAUGGAGCGACGUAUGCAAGUACUGGGAUAGGAUCUUAUACCACUGAGUACCAGACUCAAGAAGAAUAUGGAUACGGGAUGCUCCCUUCGCCGAAUGAGUCGUUACAGUUGAAGUCUGCAGCUCUUCAGAAUCAAAAUAUCAGCGCGAACAAUGGUGCUCAUGGUCAUUACCAGCCUCAGUUAAAUAUUCCUGGACAGAAUUCAAAGCAUGAACACUACUUGAAUCUCGUACCCGAAAAGCCUCAAUUGGAAAAAACAGGGUCACCGAGAGACGAAAUUGACGGCAUGCAAAGGGGAGGAGCUCCGCCGCCUCCAGUGAAUAGGUCGUUAAAGCCUCAUGUUGCUACUUUCAAUUCACCCUCGCACUCUGCUGCAAACAACGCUAACGCAAGUACUUCUUCCAAUGGUCAUCGAUCCUUGUCUGAAAUUAAGAAAAAGGGCCCGGCAAACUUGACUCUACCAAGUGGGUCGAAUACCCAUGCCCCGAGAACUCGUCACCUGAACGAUGUCUUAUCAUCUGUGCCUUUGAGUCCGGUGACGUCAUUUUCUAAGAAGCGUGACGAAAUUCCAACUUUCUUCAGCACGCCACAGCCGAAUCACAUAGAGUCUCCGCCGUCGCCGAGUAGAUUGAGUCAUGACAGUUAUAAUUCUUCGAAUUCGGCUUCAGAUGCCGAAAGUGUAGCUCACCAUUCAGAAAGUGUUUCGAGCACGCCAGGGUCUGGACACUCUCAAUCCAGAAUAUCGUCAAGUCUUCCGAUUUCGGCCGGGCCCACCCUCAACAACAACAACACUCGAUCAUUCGAGUGGUCUCGAAAGGAAAUUAACUACACGGAACUUGCCCCAGACAGUCCAGCGUAUCACAAUUUGCCGCAAGGUUAUACAGGGGCAAAGCCAAUACAAUAUACAAAUAUAAAUAGUUUCAAUUUCUCUUCAGCUGCUGAUAUAGCCAGAGAUAUGGGAUCCCCGAUCCAGCCUCGACUUCAAGCUUCCAAAUCUCUGGAUCACACAAAGCCAGGAUCACUUACAUCUACUCCGGACUCAAAGCGUCGUGCUGAUGUUGAGUACACUCAAGUCGAUUCAGACCGAACGAAAAUUGUGAACGAUUUGAGAGCGGAAAGGGAACAGCUUCGUAAAGAGAAGCAGUCACCAAAGCUAUGA